AUGGAUCACCUUUCGGAUCAGGAACACUUCAGAAAUGAGCAUCACAACAAACAGUUCGAUCACGACGCUUUCUUAGGAGAAGAUCAGGCUAAAACAUUUGAUCAAUUACCGCCUGAAGAAAGUAAACGACGUCUAGGAAUAAUAGUGGACAAAAUUGAUGCUGACAAUGAUGGAUUUGUGACUUUAGUAGAACUGAAAGAUUGGAUCCGUUAUACUCAGAAGCGGUACAUUGAGGAAGAUGUGGACAGGCACUGGAAGCAACAUAAUCCUGAAAAUAAUGACCUUAUACCAUGGGAGACAUAUAGGAAAAAUGUGUAUGGGUUCAUGGAUGAAAUGGAUGAAAAAGAGUUCAAGGCACCAAAUAGCGAAGGUUUUACAUAUUCUAACUUGUUAAAAAGGGACAGGAGGAGGUGGGUCUAUGCUGAUGGUGACCAAGAUGAUGCUCUCAAUAGAACAGAGUUUGCAUUUUUCUUACAUCCAGAAGAUCACUCUGGGAUGAGAGAUGUUGUUGUACUUGAGACAAUGGAAGAUAUUGAUAAAGAUAAGGAUGGAAAAGUGUCCUUAGAAGAAUACAUUGGGGAUAUGUAUAAACCUGAAGAUGAUGAGGAUGAGGAGGAACCUGACUGGGUGAAGCAGGAACGCGAACAAUUUACGGGAUAUAGGGACACGAACAAAGAUGGUUUUAUGGACGAGGUGGAGGUGAAGGACUGGAUCGCGCCACCAGAGUUCGACCAUGCAGAGGCAGAAGCACGCCAUUUGGUGUUUGAGGCCGAUGGAGACGCCGACGAGAAGCUCACCAAAGCGGAGAUACUCGACAAAUACGACCUCUUUGUCGGAAGCCAAGCGACGGACUUUGGAGAGGCUCUGGCCAGGCAUGACGAGUUU